AUGGCGCUCAUAUAUACAUAUCUUGGAAUCAUAGAUCGGAGUCUUGAUAACGUUGAAGAGAGUAAACGUUCUUUCGAAAGGUCCAUCAAGUUAUAUCUAAAAGCUAAUGGACUAAACCACCUCGGUCUAGCAGAUUCGUAUUACAACUUGGGCCUUAUACAUUUCGAAUUACACGAAUUACCGACAGCUGAAGAUUGUUUUAUACGUGCUCUUGAAAUCUACUCUAAACAGUUGGGACCUUCUCAUAAACUGAUCGCCAAUGUUUCUCGAUAUCUCGCAGGUGUACUCGAAGAAGCAGGUCAGGCAAACGAAGCAGCGCACUUAGAUAAAGAAUAUGGUAAUGUCGCAAGCAAGACCUUGAUUUUAUCCUUGCUACAGUUGACAAAUGGAGUUCAUACAUCACACAACUAUUGGACAAUGAUUUUGAGUUUUGGUGAUGCCAAAUACUUGCGAUUACCGUGA